UGCACGCGGAAAUACAACAUUUUUUAAUUAGAAUUGUACUAAAAUUAACUAUCUAAACACAAAAUUCGUAACACUAUUUUCGGCGAGUGUUUAACACUCAGAUAUUGUGGAGAAUACUGUUUUGGAGAUCAGAUUUUUGUAUUUAGUUAUGGAUUGCUCUAAACCUGCUGCUGUUAGUGAUGUUGUAAAUAAGUAUCAAGAGAUUUUAAAGGAAAAUUUAAAAUGGGAAUUUUCAAACAAGCGUAAAAGUUUGGGAAAGCCAGGCAUACCAAACAGAUAUUUUAUGAAUGAAUUAACAAGAGAGUAUGAACUUUUUAGAGGAUUUUUGAUGGAUUAUGGAUUACUGAAGGAUUACAUUUGGGAAAGCCAAGCAAAGAUGAAACAGAAAACAACACUCAAACAACUGGUUGGAGCAAACAAUGUUGAACAGGAAGAAUUAUGUCAUCUAUCUCAGCGUCAGAAAGUUGAAGCCUUAAGGAGUGUCAUUUGUUUUCUCGUUUAUAAUGCUAUCAUCAAACAUAUCUGGACUGAGUCACAUUUGGAAUAAGAAUCCACCUUAUUAUAGGAUGAAUCUGUCUACUUGCUCAUUCUAAUUUCCCUCUGGGUUUUGGUAGGCAAACAUUUGGCUGCAGGAUUAGGCCAAAAAGACCUAAAAUGUGAAAAUUUGUAAGACAAGCUGUUUAGCUUUCAUUCAUCAACUUGUCAUCUGGCACGAACUGAAUGACUGAAUUAUUUUAUGACUAUUUUUUAUUUUUUCCACAUUUUUAUGUUUGUAAUUGUUUAUUAUUGUUAUAUUAUUAUACUAGAUUUUUA